CAAAGUAUUGUAAUUCCCUAAUAAUAAUAAUCACCAUUUUCGAUUCUCGACUGUACAAAAACCACAACUCCCCUGUGCUGUGAUCCUUCAAAUUCAAUAAUAAUUCCAAACAUCCAUUUCGUCACCAUUCCAUUCCAAUUCCAAAAUCACCAAAACCAAAAAUUUAGCUCCACUUUUCAUCCUCAAAAUUCAAAUUUACAAACAAACAAGCAAUAAACAUACCUUCCCCCUCCAACGAGUCCAAACUUUCUCUCUAAGAAAACGAGCCCCAAUUUUCGGCUGUUUUUCAAAUCACUUCCUAUAAAACAAAACCCUAACUCAAUUUCAUUUUUCAAUUCAUGAAAAGCUUUCAUCGUUCCUGAAUCUCCUCUCUCUCUACUCUUUCUUUCUCGUCAUGGACGAAUCGCCACUGCUCGGAAACUCGAUGGCAGAUCAUUUAAUCCGGAGCCGGCGGCUGGUGCGGCGCACGACGCCGCCGCUGCGGAGGGCGGCGCGGAUGCUUCGGCGGGCGAGCGGGCGGCGGAUGAUGCUUCGCGAGUCGUCGGUGCAGGUGCGGGAGAGCGCGGCGGAGGAGCUGGAGGAGAGGCAGAGCGGGUGGGCGUACUCGAAGCCGGUGAUAGUGCUCGACGUUCUCUGGAACUUGGCGUUCGUCGGGACCGGAGUAGUGGUUCUGGCGCUGAGCUUGGACGAGAAGCCUUCGGUGCCGUUGAGGCUCUGGGUGGUGGGAUAUGCCUUGCAGUGUUUGGUUCAUGUCGGGUGCGUGGUGGCGGAGUACGUACGGCGGCGAGAGGAGGUCGGCGGCGGCGACUCGGCGGAGAGCGAUCGAGGGUGGGAGAGUGGUGGAGAGUGCAGUUCAACUUCCGGGAGUGAUGCCCAGGAUUAUGGGAAUGAGCAGAGUGAGGUUGAUGAUGAUUCCAGUGUUGCAAAACAUUUGGAGUCUGCAAAUACCAUGUUUUCCUUUAUAUGGUGGGUCGUUGGAUUCUACUGGGUGACUGCCGGUGGUGAAACUUUGACCCAUGAUUCACCUCUGAUAUAUUGGCUUUGCAUUACAUUUUUAGCGUUCGAUGUGGUAUUCGUCCUUAUAUGUGUUGCCGUUGCUUGUAUAGUGGGUAUUGCUGUUUGCUGCUGCCUGCCAUGCAUAAUUGCAAUCUUAUGUGCUGUGACAGAUCAGGAGGGAGCAACAAAGGAAGAAAUUGAUAAUUUGCCAAUGUUCAAAUUCUGUGCGGUAAGUAAUUCUGAGAAAGUUAGUGGUGAGAUCCAAGAAUCUUUCCGAGGAAUAAUGGUCGAAUGCAACAUUGAUUCACGGCAUUCAAGCACUAAGCGCCCACUUUUUGAGGAGGACGCAGAAUGCUGUAUCUGCCUCUCUGCGUACGACGAUGGAACGGAAUUGAGAGAACUUCCUUGCGGUCACCAUUUCCAUUGCACAUGCAUAGACAAAUGGUUGCACAUCAACGCUACUUGCCCUUUAUGCAAGUUCAACAUUUUGAAGGCGAGCAAUCAAAGUAGUAGUGAAGUAUAGGAAAUCUUUAUUUUGGCAUGCUUAAUGAGGGCGUAUUCCCAUAAAAUAAUAAAAAGAAAACGAGGGCAUAUUUUCCUCAUUCCUCUGUAUCAUAAGUUCGUACUUUUCUUGUAGUUCACGAUCUCUAGAGUGUAUUACUAAUUUUGUUUGCAUUUCCUCCCCUCAUUUCUACGUCGCUAGUAGUGUACGUGGCUUAAGUAAGUUAAGAAACACUUUCGUUUCCAAAAUUGAUUACAUUGUACACCUUCCUUUUUCCUUUUGCAGUUUCAUCAGUGUUCACUAUGUGUAGAUGAAAGGUAAAU